UAGUGCUCUUUUUAAAGCGCUGCAUUUGAACCCAACCCUAACCAACAUUCUUCAGGCCUUCCUCCAAACAUAUGCCCGAGGUUGUCAGCAGUAUUGUCUGAGGGUUACUCAUUUUUGUCACUAUUACCACUAUAAACAAACAAACAAACAAAUUAACAAAAAGCUUCACAUUAUAUACUGGGCCUCCAAAGUGCUCUCUGAAACUAGGCCAGGAAUGGCUUGUGUCCAUGAAAUGGGAAAAUACUUUUAAUUAUAGGUUACUAUUAAUUUAGUCAACAACUUGAGGAUACUAGGUAUUUGAUAUAUUCAAUCUACUGAAUAUAUCAAAUAUCUAGUACAGCCAAAGUAGUAAUUAUACUGCAUCUAGAUUAUUUAGGUCAAUAAAAAGUAAAGGUUUAGAAAGUACAGUAUUUCCCUCUGAAAUGUAGUGGAUUGUAAGUUUAAAGUUGCAUAAAAUAGAAAUACUAGUAAAGUGGGCUAAAGUACUUAGUUAGUGUCCACCACUAGUAUAGUGAAACUUUGGUUAAGGAGAGAGACUUUAAUGUUAAUAAUUUUCUAGUUUGCAGUUUAGUGUUAAAUAUAAAACAUUAGUUAUUUGCAGCACUAGUCUGUAAAUCUCCCCUGUGAGCUGAGAAGUGGAGAAAUAUUGUGUGGUCCUCUGCCGAGCCUCAGUUAAUGGCCCAUCAGCUUCAAAGGGGCCGCCCUCUGCAGAGCAACGCCCUGCCAGCUGCAGCUCUGCAGGUGCACGGUGAGCCCCUCCCCCCCUCCCCCCCUCCCGCUCCCGCCCCCUCCCUCCUGCUCUCCCCUCCACACGGCGCGACGGGACCGCAGCAGCAGCAGAGAGUUACAGGAGUUUCAAGAAGCGGGAGCUGUCCGACUCGACACCAGCAGCUGAUAGGAGAUUUGAACCACCAAAAGUCUCGGCAGCUCAAGGUGGAUUUACCCCCAGAGGAGACGACCACUACCACCAUUAACAUAAACCAGCUGAUAGACAUGGACCUGCUCAUUUCGAAGAAUAAGAAGCGUGAGGGCCAAACCCUCCCUGAAAAGUCAAAAGAUCAGGAGGAUGGAGAGGAGACAGACGAGCCAGAGGAGGAAAUGGACCAGUGCCCUUCAGACCCAGAUGUUCCUCCACUGAAGAGAACUGAGAGUGUCUUUGUCUAAGACCAGUGAAAAUGACUAGACCCGUUCACAGGACACCUACAGAGGAGGACCAGGAGUCUGAUGCUUCAUCACAGCUAACCAGAGGUAGAUCAAGGAACUGGACAGAGGAGGACCAUGACUCUGAUACCUCAUCACAGCCAUUGAAUCACUGUUUUCAAGAUGAGUCAAGACCUGUGAAGAAGAUGAAACCCACCAAGAGGACACCUAGAGAGGAGGACCCUGAGUCUGGUACCUCAUCACAGCCAAGAAAAGACGAGUCAAGACGUGUGAAGAAGAUGAAACCCACCAAGAGGACAUCUAGAGAGGAGGACCCUGAGUCUGAUACCUCAUCACAGCCAAGAAAAGAUUCAUCAAGAAAGAAGAGGAAGAUGUGGAGCAAAGCAGAAGUCCACGCUGUGGAACAAAAGCUAAUGCACAACAUUAAGACUGGCAAGGUUCCUGGGAAAGCACAGUGUCUUGAAUGUAUCCAUGCAUUCCCAGAUGCACUGAAAGGUAGGACCUGGGAUGCUGUGAAAUACUAUGUGAAAAACCGCAUAGACACCUGGAAGCGGCGGUCUACGAGGUAACUGCAAGCUCUUGUUUUGUGUUUGAAAGAGCAAUUGUUAAUGCAGCUCUCACCAUUUGAUCUGUUGAUUAGCUGAACCUCAGAGGUCAGCUUUUGAAGUUCUGCUGUUGGAGAGCAGUGAUCUGCUCAGAUUGCACUUUAUUUUAUGCAAUUUAUUUCAUACAUAACAGAAAUUUUUUUGUACUGUUAUGCUUCUUCAAUUCAUGGAUUAGCAAAUGUUUUAAAAAGUUUGUUUAACCCUCACAUAUUGCUCAUAUUCUGAGUCAUAAUUACUCUACACCAGGGCUUCUCAAUUCCAGUCCUCGCACCCCCCUGCCCUGCAUGUUUUAGAUGUGUCCCUCCUUCACCACACCUGAUUUAAAUGAUCAGCUCGGCAUCAAGCUCUGCAGAGGCCUGAUAACGAGACACUCAUUUGAAUCAGGUGUGGUGGAGGAGGGACACAUCUAAAACAUGCAGGGCAGGGGGGUGUGAGGACUGGAAUUGAAUUCAUUCAAAUAUUGAAAAUAUUUUACAUUAAUGGGUUCCAAUUGUAGCAGUUACUGAUCUUUACAUUAAUUAUUAACAUUUCUGUAUAUCAGUAAUGUUGCCUGCUGUUAAAAAUAAAUGACAGACUUUUCAUUCAACAUUUGUGUAGCUUGUUUGUAUCACUCAGCCUAUGGUGUUUUUACACUGGGUAGUUUAAUUGUGUGUACUGUUAGUAGCUACUACAGUUUUGCAAAAUUGAACAAAGUAAGCAAAGACUGUUUUUGUAACCUCAUGUUCCUUUCCCACAGUAAAUAACAUCAUACUUUGCUAACAGCUCAAUUAUGGCAAGAAAAUUUCCAUUGUCUGGCUCAUCUAGUGUCUUUGCGCUGCCUCUGAAUGGCAUAUUCCUGAAGGCUAAGAAGAGUGUUACAUCCAGCAGCCGCUUCAGUAGUGCUUUGUUUUUUUUAUUUUUGUCUCCAUCAAUUUUUGUUGUAGGCUGUAAAUUCCAGAAGUCUGUAGGAGAGAA